UGUUUUUUUUAAAACAUGCCCAGGGGCUUUGUGAGGUCAGGAGCUUGGAAGUGGAGUCAGAGUGAAACAAAAAGAACCAGUCCCUUUAAAUAAACACCGAGAACAAUGUGAACGACGAACUGUGCUUCAUUUACACCGAACCCGACGUAGUUUGACAUACUUUGUGUUAGUCUGUGUUAAUAUGUGACAGCGAGCUUCAGUGAAGUUAUUUAAAACGACUAAAGGCAGGUGAAUUUAAUCAUGUCUUCGCCUAAGUUUAACGCUGGACUUGGAAGUUCUGCUCCGUCAGCUAAUGUCGAGGCCGGACUCGUUUGCAAGGGAGUGAACAACCAGAGCUACAUCUGUGAAUCUGGCCACUGCUGUGGACAAGCAGAGUGCUGCAGUAACAUCUAUGAAUUGUGGUGGUUCUGGCUUGUAUGGGCUGUAAUUAUUAUCCUGACAGGCUUUUGCGUGUGGCAACACUGGCGGGCCAAGCAGCGUUUCCAGCAGCAGCGCCGGCAGAACGAGAUCAACCUGAUUGCCUACAGGGAGGUUCACAACAACUCUCAGCUACCCCUCUAUCUUCGACUUUUGCCCAUUUACCUGCUACCAGCCUAUGAAGAGACAGUCACCCGACCAGCAACCCCUCCUCCUCCGUACACACCCCUCCAGUUGGUACCACCGUCCUGUGACCCUCCUGAGGAAGUCUAUCGCCCCCACUCGGCCGUCUCCAUUCCAUGUGACGCUAAUGUAGCGCUUAGUGGGACUCCAGAGACGACGCAGUUCUAUUCCAGCAGUACCAACGGCCCUAACAAGGACUCGACAGCAGGCCGGUACCGGCGCUUCACUGGGGAUUCUGGGAUUGAAGUGUGUGAAGGCCAGGAGCAUCCAUGGGAUCAGCAUGAGUUUUUUGACAGAGAAGAAACGUUAGAAGAGGAGGGCUUGAGGGGAAAGGAUGAGCCAGACGACUGUACUGAUCCCCAGACUGCUGAAUGGGGUCUUGCUGGUGGACCUGCAGCUGAUGACACCCAAACAAAGUCUCCUGGGUGACGAAGUCUGUCUUGUAUUUUUGGAAUGUUGCACCUUUUGUACUAAGACGUUGGCUCUUUCUGCAGACCUAUUUAUUCAGGCUGUGGGAAUUUGGUUCAUAACCUAAUAGUCUGAUCGCUUGAUUUGUACAUGAAUACUUGAAAAUGGUCACUUUUUAGUCUUAAUCCACAGGACUAUGUGGAUUAUGAACAGAAUGGGCCUUAAAAAGGAUAAGGGUUGGUGUAGAACACCAGGUAAUAAUCCAGUUAGAAGGGAAAAGAAAUGCAGCUGUACAUUAUAGACCAGCUGUAAGCUGAUGUGAAGUUAAAGUGUUCCACGGUGGGAUUCUGUUUAGGGAUUCAGUACGGUUGUUUGAAAGCACUGAGCAGCCUCAACCUGCUGAGUUAGCUACAUGAUGCACCCAUCUGAGAUUCCUCACUACAUUACCAAAGAGAAUGUCAAAGUGUGUGGGGUGACAUAUUUUACCUUCAUUGAGGGGGACAUGGAUCAUGUAGCAUUAGAUUUUCCAGGAUGCAUGAAACAACUAAAACAUUUUUUUUUCUCCAACACAAUCUGAGCCUCACCUUAUUAUGUGCUGUUUUAAGCUGAUUAUUGUCUACCUGCUUCAGGAGAAGCACUGAAACUCAGUAUGAACAGGGCCAAAAUAAUGAGUCUUUUCAUGUGUACUGUAUUUCAGAUUUGAUCUCAACCAUAUUUUUUUUUAAUAAAUGUAUUUUUUAUUAUUUUAAAUGUGUUGCUAAAACAAUGGCUACACGUCCUCUCCGUGUCUACUUUGUGCUGAAUUUCUGCAACUGGUUGUAUGAAUAUUAACAAUUUGCAAUAAGUGGAAAUACCUCCACUUAUUGCAAAUAACUACCAUGGAGUAAAGUUACCACUGACCACAAAGUUUUAACAGAAGAUUCUUUUUUUCUUCAUGCAAACCCAAAACACUCAAUCAGAGGGAGGUUUGUUCUGUUUGGUUCCUGUGCUAGUUUAGUAGUUGCUGUCUCUGAACUGGGCUCUAUCAUCAAGGUGUAUUCAGGUUUUAAAAAGCUACACUUUCAAAACCAUUAAAAUGUUCCGUCAUAGCUAGCCUGCCUGAAAACCAGGCCCUUGUUCUACGCUUUGCUUCGUCCAGAGGAUCUGGCCUGUUGGCCAUUGAGAAGCGAUUGCUUCCUGGAGGCGUGACCUCUGUUGAAGCUUUAAAUGUUAGCCAAUUGCUAACUUUUCCUGUGACUCGUGUUGCGGCAGUACUAUGAAGUUGCCUACUGUAAGUUGCCUGCACUGUAAAUUGUUAUCCUUCACUGCGAAGAUUGAAGUGCCAAUACAAACCUGAUGGCGGUUGAUGUUAAUUUAAUGUUUUUGGAAGAGUGACCGACACGGACUGAACGACUUCCUUCACUUUCUCUGUAGCCAUUGCUAAAACUACAGGGAGACUGCACUUCUAAAAUGGUGCAGAAAUUCAACUUCAUCGUUCAGAACUUCUUCUGAUUUCUGAUUGGCCCGGUUGAAACUCUACUGGAGGAAUCCAAGCAAAUGGGGCAGGGGAGAAGCCCAGACUGGGCUGUGAAAUGCAGGAUUUCCCCCCAGAAAACUUGCUAAGCCCGAUGGACUGGGUGUCAAGGCCGUCUACCGGGGUUGUAUUAAAAGAUGUUAAGUUGACAGAAAAUGUAAAAAUAUUACUGGCUAACGGGAAGACAUUGCUAGAGAAAUGCCAUUUAAACCCACAACUAUAGAAUCUUAAAAGCAACAAAACAAACCAACAAAAAAGUGCAAUUAAAAUGAAUAUUUGCACUUCUGUUUAACCCAAAUUAAGUCAGCAGCUCCAGAAGCCGCCAGAAGCCUUUGGGGCCCAUAAAGCCUAACAUUUUAUCAAAGGCCACGGGUAUAUAAAUGUAACUUAGUUAAUUGAGAUGAUCAAUGCUGUGAAAUUUGUUUUAAUGGUUUCAGCAUACAUGAAUUAAAAGAUUUUAAAUUGUUCAACAUUU